GGAUAUUCCCUCUUACAAUCACUCAUCUCCCAUCCCCAAUCCAAUCCCUUUCCCUAUUCGAUAACUCAUUAUAAUAAUCUUAUUAUUAUUAUUAUAUUACUCAUCUCUUUUUCUCCCUUUAUAAAUUCGAUUAUUUUCAUUCAACCCCUCCUCAAAAACACACACAAAAAACACACACAAACCUUAAUUAAGACAACUGAACAUGCCGCUUUCAACUGACUCCUCAUCGUCUAUGAAUCAACAACAACAACUGCUGGAUAAACUCAAAGUCUUCAAGAUCCAAGGCCGUGACAAACGUGGUCAUAUCAUCCUUCGCAUCCUCGCCAAAUUCUUCCCUGCUCGAGAUGUGAGCGUUGACGGGGUGAACAAAUACUUGGAAGACAAGAUAUUCCCGGAGCUUGAGAAACGCUCGUUUUCCGUUCUUUACGUCCACACCGACGUCGAAAAGAGCCAGAAUUUCCCCGGAAUCUCCGCCCUCCGAUCGUUUCACGACGCGAUUCCGGCCACCGUCAUCAACAAUCUCCAGGCUGUCUAUUUUCUCCACCCGGGACUUCAGUCCAGGCUCUUUCUCGCCACUUUUGGCCGCUUCAUGUUCUCCUCAGGGUUGUAUGGGAAACUGAGGUAUGUGAGCAGAGUAGAUUACUUGUGGGACCAUGUAAGGAGGAACGAGAUUGAUCUCCCAGAGUUUGUGCAUGAUCAUGAUGAAGAUCUUGAGUACCGUCCGAUGAUGGACUAUGGAUUGGAAAGUGAUCAUCCGAGGGUGUAUGGUGCGCCUUCAGUGGAUUACUCCCCUUCCACUUACUCCACCAGGUGUAUUUCGUAGUUGGGGGAUGGGACGACGUCGUUUUGAAGUUGCCUGCUUUGAAUUUUGUUGUUAUGGUGGUUUGAAGCUUUAUGGGAAAUAUAGUGAAUGUUAGGUUGUGAAAGAUAGUAAAAAACGAAGUUUGGAAGCAAAGAGAAAAAUGGAAUGCUUCUUGUAGUAUAGUUUUGUUUUCGUAAAUUAAUUUCAUAGUUUUUGUUCAAUCUUUUUAUGGAAUGGUUAUAUACUCGAAUAAAUAUUUCUUUUUUAAUAUCA